UUGAAUCAAGUGUAAUUUUGAAAACUCCCCUAGAAUGCAGAUAGACUUGUUAUACCUGGUGCCGAUUCUGGCACUUUUCGGAUUUCUGUACCAUCUGAUAACACGAAAAAAUGACUACUUCCACGACAAGCCGAUCCCAUCGCUAGCCUGCAAACCCGUCUUCGGAAGUAUGGGACCACUGAUCCUGCGGAAGGUGGCCUUCGCCGACUUCGUCACCGGAAUCUACAACAAAUUCCCGGCUGCCAAGGUCUUCGGGAUGUUUGACUUCCUGACGCCGCUGUUCGUGAUUCGUGAUCCGGAGUUGAUCAAGCAGGUUGCUGUUACGGAUUUCGAUCACUUUGUCGAUCACCAGCCACUGUUUGGGAAUAGCAAGUACGAUCAUCCGGAUAUUCUGGUGGGGAAGUCGCUGUUUACGCUGACCGGGCAGAGAUGGAAGAACAUGAGGGCUACGCUGAGUCCGGCCUUCACCGGAAGCAAGAUGCGGCUGAUGUUUGAGCUGAUCUCGGAAUGUAGUGAGAGUGCAGUGCGGCAUUAUUUGGCCGAGGCUGAGGCCAAGGGACCGCAGCAGUACGAAAUGAAGGAUGUUUUUGGGAGGUUUUCCAACGAUGUGAUCGCUUCGUGUGCCUUUGGGUUGAAGGUCGAUUCGUUGAAAGAUCCGCAGAAUGAGUUCUAUCUGAGUGGCAAGAAGAUGGUUAAUUUCAAUUCGACGGACACUUUGCUUCGGAUUGUAUCGAUGCGUCUAUUUCCGUGGCUGAUGUCCAAGUUGGGAAUCGAUGUGAUCGAUGGAAAGCUGAAUAAGUACUUCUCAAAACUUAUCCUAUCGGCUAUUCAACUUCGUGAAAGUCAAGGUAUCGUACGUCAUGACAUGGUGAAUUUGUUGAUCCAGGCACGCAAAGGAACGUUGAAGCACCAACAAGAGAAGGAUCAGAACGAAGGCUUCGCAACGGUUGAUGAGUCAGAUGUCGGAAAGGCACAGAUCCAGACAACCCUUACCGAUUCGGAGAUGGUCGCACAGUGUUUGAUCUUCUUCCUGGCAGGCUUCGACACCGUAUCGACCUGUUUGCUGUUCCUCACCUAUGAACUGGCUAUUAAUCCGGAAGUCCAGCAGAAGCUCUACGAGGAGAUCGAAGAAACGAACGCACAACUAGGAGGUAAAUCGAUCACCUACGACGUUCUUCAGAAGAUGAAGUACAUGGAUAUGGCCGUAUCGGAGGCCUUAAGAAAGUGGCCUCCAGGCCCGGCAAUCGAUCGCGAAUGCGUUAAAACCUAUAAGAUGAAAACUUCCGACGGUUUAGAAUUCACCGUUGACAAAGGCACGGCCCUGUGGAUUCCGAUCCAUGCGUUACAUCACGAUCCCAAGUACUUCCCUAAUCCGGAACGUUUCGAUCCGGAGCGAUUCAGCGACGAACGCAAGGGAAGCAUCGUCAACGGAACGUAUCUACCGUUCGGAAUCGGUCCCCGGAACUGUAUCGGAUCGCGGUUCGCUCUGUCCGAGGUCAAGACCAUCAUCUACCACCUGCUGCUGAACUUUAGCCUCGAGCGAACGAGCAAAACGGAAGUUCCUCCGGUGCUGAUCAAGGGCAUGGGCGAUGUCAUACCAGAGAAUGGAGUACAUCUCGAAUUUAGGCCGAGGAAAAAUUAACUUCCAGACUCUGACGAUAGAUUUUACGCUAGGAAAUAGACUUGUGUUCGAGUUUUUUACUUUGUAGUUGUUAAGUCAACAAAUUGUUGUUGUAUAUUUUUAGAAAAAAAAAAACAAAACAAAUGUAUUUUUAAGUUUUUAGUCGCGAAUACAAUAAUGCGAAUGUAAAAAGUCUAUUUCAAGAACAUGUUAAGGAAUUUUUAAGAUAAGGAAAAUUAACAGUAUGCUC